AUGAAGAAUUUUUCAGUUCCUGUGCAAGCUAAUGAAUAUCAGACUGAAAGCCUUUUUCCUCAGCUUGUCCUGAAUUUAACAAAUAAGUCAGAUCCAGUUGGAAGACAAGAAAGAGAUGAGCAAUUAGCUCAGUUAGAGAUUGCUGUGUUGGGAGUAAUAUUUAUGACAGCAUCUGUGGGCAAUUUUAUUCUCAUACUGGUACUGUGGAGGAGAAGAAAGAAGUUAUCUAGGAUGUAUGUAUUCAUGCUUCACCUGAGCAUAGCAGACUUAGUGGUAGCAUUUUUUCAAGUACUUCCGCAACUAAUAUGGGAUAUUACAGAUGUUUUCAUAGGGCCAGAUGCAUUGUGCAGAACUAUCAAAUAUUUGCAGUUGUUGGGCAUGUUUGCCUCUGCUUAUAUGAUAGUGGUCAUGACAGUGGACAGAUAUCAAGCAGUACGCUAUCCCAUGGUCACUUUCCAAAAGAAAAAGGCUCUUUGGAAUGCUGCCAUUUGCACCAGCUGGUCUAUAUCACUGCUUUUUAGUCUUCCACAAAUAUUUAUCUUUUCCAAGACUGAAAUAUCUCCAGAUAUUUUUGAAUGCUGGGGUGAGUUCAUCCAACCUUGGGGCUUAAAGGCAUAUGUGACUUGGAUUUUUGUAGCUAUUUUCUUCAUUCCCACAGCUAUCCUUACCAUAUGCCAGGUUAAGAUCUGCAAAAUAAUACUAAUGAACAUACAUGUGAAAAAAAGGAAUGAAUUUGAAGCAAUAAAUCAGAAGCAAGUCCUGCCAUUCCAAGCAAGCAGUAUUAACUGUAUUUCAAAGGCUAUGAUCAAGACUGUAAAAAUGACAGUGGUGACAGUUAUUGCAUAUGUCCUGUGUUGGGCACCUUUCUUCAUUGUACAGUUGUGGUCUGUAUGGUACCCCAGUGGCAUUACUGAAGGUGCAGCGUUUACCAUUAUCAUGCUCCUGGGGAAUUUGAAUAGUUGUGCCAAUCCGUGGAUUUACAUGUAUUUUUGUGGCCACAUUCCAUAUUGUGCCAAAAAGCGGUCAAAAAACAUCUCAGCUCAGGAAGAAUCUGUGAUCACAGGAAGCAUUAAUUUGGUAGACAGGGAACCAGAAGAAAACCUAACUUGUAUGUCAGUAUUCUGCAGUGAAGGUCCAGGAUUCAGACCCCACAGAUGACUGGGUUUCUAUAUAUGCAACCACUGAAUGUCUACAAUUCUCAAUAAAAUCAGCUCCCAGUGAGGAUCUCUCAUGGUAUUUUAACCCUUUGGUUGUA